AACACGCCGCUUCUUCGAGCCUAUCGUCGCGCAAUCACCAGAGUCAUCGGAACGCGAGAAUCUGCGGCCAAAUUUAAUGGUCUCCUCGAAUUGGAGGCGAGACGGUUUGCAUGCCGUGUUCUACACAUGCCGGAGGAGUUCCUCGAUCAUAACAGGACCGCUUCUGGUGCUUUUAUUCUGACCGUUACAUACGGCUAUCACAUUGAGCCUCGUGGUGAAGACCCCUUGGUACGCCUAGCCAAUCUUGCGGUAAAGCAGUUCUCCGAAGCCGCCGUGCCUGGGCGUGGCUGGCUGAUUUCAUUCCGGCGUAUGCCCGGAGCAAAUUUCCAACGAGUUGCCAAAGAGCACGUCCAAACCCUCCCGAGAUUCGUGGAGAGCCCCCUUGCAUUCACCAAGUCUCAAAUGGACCGGAGAAAGGAUAGACAGUGCUUUGUUUCGACGCUUCUCAGACAAGGCGAAGAUGAAGAAAUCGUCAAAUGGUCAGCAGCGGCAAUGUAUGGCGGUGCAGGCGAUACGACUACUGCAGUUCUAGAGGACUUUUUUCUGGCAAUGAUGCUGUUCCCGAAUAUAGAUGAGCUGUUCGGCAAACCUGCUUUGCCAUCGGCGACCGAUCGGGAAAAGCUGCCCUAUGUGAGUGACAUGGUCAAGGAAGCUAUCAGAUGGCAUACUAUCGCUCCUAUGGGAAUUCCUCACCGAAUGGACGAAGACGAUAUCAUCAAUGGCUAUUUGAUUCCCAAAAAUGCAAUCAUUGUACCAAAUAAAUGGUCAUUCAACAAUGACCCGACGAUAUAUCGCAGCCCCCGGGAUUUCCAACCCGAACGGUUCCUUUCCGAGCCAUGUGCUCUUGAGCCGGGAGAUGUGAGCUUCGGCUUCGGUCGCAGAAUAUGCCCUAGGCGUUUGAUUGCUGAAACCUCAAUCUUCCUCACCAUUGCACACACCCUGGCCGUCUUUGACAUCAUAAGGCCCCCAAAAAAUGGCAAGGAAAUCGAGCCCACUGUCUAUUCCACACCAGGCCUUCUAAGCCGUCUUGUUCCCUUUAUUGCGGCUAUAACUCCACGAAGUCAGAAGCAUGAACAACUCAUAGUUGAUUUCGAGAAAACACAUCCUUUUGAAACAGGCGAUUCCGAGGUCUUGGUAGUUGUCUAUCAUUGA